AUGUCCACCGUUGCCAACCUUGUUUUGCAAUCAAAGCGGUUACUCGACGGAGACAACCCAGACGACGGCGACCAAGAUAGCGGAAUGUCACCCACAGCGUCCCCUUCAAGCGACUCCGCAGGAGCUCCCAUGGAAGGUGAUGCCGAUAGCUUGGCGGGGAAAUAUGGAUUGGCAGCACUGAUCCUUGUGGGGGUUGGAUUAGUGCUGCUGCUUUGGCAAUCUUGCAAACGGUGGCAAAUGAGAAGAGAAAGACAAUUGCUGCAAAUUCAAAGUUCAAGAGCAGAUGCCGUUCUGGGGGAUAUGCAGAUGGUUCCAGCAGACGAUGACUAUGAUGAUGAUGACGAUGAUCCAGAGCUACUGUAA